AUGUCCAACAUUACCUUCAAUCCUGCUGAUAAACUCGGCCAACGCAUAGAUGGAUUAGAACUCUGCAGCAUAAUAGGCAUCGGAGCAUACGGUGUCGUCUAUUCAGCCAUGAAUCCGACAACAAAGAAAAUACACGCUGUCAAAUGCCUUCCGAAAUCGCUCUCAAAUGCACGUCAAGCCCGUCUCCACUAUGCCGAAAUUGCACAUCACGCGCAAGUUUCCGACCACCCCAAUAUUGUAAAGUUAGAAAAGAUAAUCGACACUCCCGACUCCCUCAACGUGGUUAUGGAACUUUGUCAAGGAGGUGAUCUUUUUUCAAUGAUCACCGAGAAAGGUGGAUACGUCGGAAGAGACUUGUUGAUCAAAAAAGUCUUUGUUCAAUUAUUGGAUGCGGUGCAAUACUGUCAUCGGAAAGGCAUUUACCACAGAGAUUUGAAACCGGAAAACAUUCUCGUAUUUGAUGACGGUCGAACUGUCAAGUUGACCGACUUUGGGCUCGCGACAACAGAAGAAUGGAGUAGAGACUUUGGUUGCGGUUCGACCUUUUACAUGAGUCCAGAAUGCCAAGGGGGAUUAUACAGAAAAGUCCGAAGUUACGCUACAGCCACUAACGAUAUUUGGUCUCUUGGUGUAAUCCUAAUCAACCUUACUUGUGGUCGCAAUCCUUGGAAACAAGCCUGUCUCAGCGACGAAACAUUUGCCGCAUUUCUCUGGGACCAAGAUUUUCUCAAGACCAUCCUCCCUCUUACCGAUGAGCUCAACUCCAUCCUCAAAGACAUCUUCCGGAUCGACCCCUCAGCACGAAUCUCACUAGACGAAUUACGGGCCAGGAUACUCAAAUGCCGACAGUUUACAGUGGCCAAGUACGAUGCCUUUAGCAGAGCAAAAAGAAGAGUGUGGAAUACCCAUAGGCCCGAGGAGCAAGUUGAGCAAGAAAGGAUACCGCCGCAAGAGGAAUGUGUCGUAGCCGGAAAUGCUAGAAAUUUUUGCGAGCCUAAUGAUAACGAGCCGAGUCUCAAGACGUUGCGAAAUGAAUCCACCGAUUCGUCGGCUACCGCUUGUUCGUGGUAUUCCAUGAAUAGCCAGAUGGAUUUUUCUACGCCGGCGAAUCAGUUCCUGGGCGAUUAUUCGCACGAUAGUUCACAUAGUUCGGCAUCGAACGGCUCGACAGAGUCUGUUACAACUCUUGCGAAUAGUGAUGCAGAGAUGGUGAAGUGUGUCGAGGAUAUAGAAGGGCUUCAUUUGGGAGGUUAUUACGCUAUUGAACUUUGA